AUGUGUGUGUGUGUGUGUCAUGUUUGUGUGUGCAUGUGUGUGCAUGCAUAUGCAGGCCACAAGCACAGAGCAAUAGGCAAAGUGAAUGGGAAGUCUCAGGCAUUUGCUGAUUUUCAUAUAGCAUUGUCAGUUGGGAAAAAACAGAAGAAUUUCACUUCUCCUAACGCUGUCAUAGCUGGGACGUGAGGAUGAAUAUGAGUCAGCAGAACUCCUCCAUGCAAUGCAAGCUAGACACCAGGAUCACCUCGGUCCUCUUCCCCUGCUUGUAUUCUGCCCUCUUCCUGGCUGCCAUCGUCCUCAACUGCUUGGCUGCCUGGAUCUUCUUCCAGAUCCACAGCAGCUCCACAUUUGUGGUGUACCUGAAGAAUGUGGUGGUGGCCGACCUGCUCAUGACUCUGACUGUUCCUUUGAAGGUACUAACGGACGCGGGCAUAGGCUCAGCCACACUGAGGGCCUUCUACUGCCGCUACACGGGCGUGCUCUUCUACACCACCAUGUACAUCAGCAUCCUGCUGCUGGGUCUCAUCAGCCUGGACCGCUACCUGAAAAUCGUGCGGCCCUUCGGAAAGUGCGCCCUACAGCGGGUCGGUGUGGGUAAGGCAGUGUGCGCAGGGGUCUGGGCCGUCAUGGUGGCUUUUGCGCUGCCUAAUGUGAUCCUGAGUGACCGUGAGCUUCCUGUGGGUCGCAGCGGGAAGCUGAAAUGCAGCAGCAUGAAGAGUGAUCUGGGCCUGCGCUGGCAUGAGGGCUUUAACUACUUUUGCCAGGUGGUGUUCUGGGGGACGCUGGGUUUAAUGGCCAUUUGCUACACCUUCAUCAGCAGGAAGGUAUACGAGUCGUACCGCACCUCGCGGAGCAGCUCCGGCACCGCCAGCAAACGCACCAAGUCCAAGGUGUUUGUCGUGGUGGGCGUGUUCUUUGUAUGUUUCGCUCCCUUCCACUUGGCCCGAGUGCCCUACACCCUCACUCAAACACGAGGCACAUCCGCACAUUGCUGGUCUCAGAAGCAGCUCUACUUGGCAAAGGAGAUCACACUCUGGCUGUCAGCCACCAACAUUUGUCUGGAUCCUCUCAUUUAUGUCUUCCUGUGCCGAGUCUUCCGCAGGAAAUUAACUGCUACGCUCUGCCGCAAGCCUUUGGCCAGUGGAGGGCUCGAGUCCCCUACAGAGACCUCGACCAAGCAGGAGAUGUCUCACAUGGGUCAUUAUAACAAGGCUAAUGAGUUCCACUCACAUUAGCAUCAUCAUAAACAUGGAAGUCUGGUCACAAUACACUGGUCUGGAUUAAAAUAAUGGAGUUGACUGGAUUGAAUAACAUUAUCCCUGAACUUCGAUUCAUCACAGAGGAAUUUUAUAAAAUGAUAUUUUUACUGUAUAUAACUGAAGCUUGUUGAAAUGCCUGUUUGCCACCAUGAGCUGAUUUCUUUCAUCAUUUAUCAAAACACAAUACACCACUUUUACUCUUUUGAUAUGCUUUACUCAAGAAUACUAUUUUUCAGUGAUUUAGAUUCUACUUGAUGAUGAAACCGUGUGUACUGAUGUGCGUCAUGUAUAUUUGUAUUCCUGAUUUCUAUAAGUAUUAGAGAUGGCUCAUUCCUUGCAUGUGGUUCCUUUAAGGUUUUAAUGCCAUUAUGGUGUAUGCACUUCAACUGAAUAUCACAGUUUCAUAUCUGUGGUGGUCUAGGAAAACCCAUCAGAUGUCUCUGUGGCUGAAUUCUGACAAACAGCCAAAAAGAAUGAAAAAAAAAAAAAGACCAAAAUUGUUUUUUCUGCCUAUAACCUAUUUUGUCACUUCAACUUUAAAUACCUUUAAAUACAACUAGAAACCAUAAAUACACUUCAAAUACACAAACAGAAAUGCUUUUAUGUACUUUUUUAAACUGCUCAUUUCCUGUGAAGAUCAUGUGGUAUAAAGAGCGAGUUCAACAAAUGCUGUGUUUACAAACCACCAGUCUGCCUAAAGAUGUGUAAAACCUCACUAGCACUAUGUGAUUUGUCACGCAAUGAAUGUCAGAUAUCAAAUACCCUCAGAAUGUCUGUUAUGCACCUGCGUCACAGUAGAAAUGAAAUUAUUUAAAUUCUCCCUUUUUCACUUUUGGGGGUAACCAGAUGUAUAAAUAUACAGUAGAUUAGAAAUUACAAAGAAAAACACAUUUCAAUACAGUAAAAGUCUGUAGUUUUCAGAAAUAUAUAGUAGGAAAUGUCAUCAUUUCAGCAUGUAAAGGGUUUUCCCAGGCCGCCACACACAUGUUCAUGCUAAUUUUAUAUUUACAUGUUAUGUGUAUAUAUAUGCUUUACUCUGUCUGUGUCAGCAGAUUAAUUUAUUGGUCGUUACUGAUCUCACAUACUGGCAAAUGACUAAAAUUCUGUGUUUCUUUGCCUAGAAAUAUGGAAUAAGUGAAUAGAUUGAUGUCAUAUUUAAUAACCUCACACUGGCAUCAUGUAAAAGAAAAGGAAUUUUUAGACCUAAUCAACUUAUGAAGUUGAAAUUUCCACCAAAAUGUGAUGUCUAUUCAUGAAAAUGAUAUCAAAGUAGCUUGUCUCUAAGCAAAUAUACAUUAAUUACAAUGAAAUGGUUUCCUUCAGGGACAGAAAAGACUCAUGAUAUAUAGGAAUUUCUAUUUGGUCUUGCAGUAUAAGCUAUAAAUAUUUUUCUUCCAUAUUUUUAAUGGCCUAAAGUGAAUAUAACUAAAUGAUCAGGACUAGUGAGUGUUAAUGAGUGUAAAGUCAGGAUAAUAUUAUUUAAAGGGUCACAGCAAAACAUUGUCCUAGUGAGCCCUAUUAACUCAGUCCUUUAGGUACUUUAUAGAUUUUUUCAUUUCUGUCAUUUCAAGUGCAAAAAUUAGCCUAAGUAGCAAUUCCUUUUUCAAUGUGUCAUCUGUUUUUUAGCAGCUUAACCCAUGUUGGGACUUUCCUUCUUUUUAAUCUAAACUCAGCAUUUUUUUUGUUUGUUUGUUUGUUUGAUUCCUCCUAGCAGUAAUUUCUUUUGCUGCUUUAAAGACUGAUAUUAUAACAGAUAUUAAAUUUAAAAUGUAAUUUAUUUAAUGUAUAAUAUGUUAACAGUGAUGUUUUACUGUCCCAAAUUCUCUAAGAGUACAGCUGCCAUUUCUGGUCCAAGCUUAUUUGUAAUAAAAAUAAAAAUACAGACAUUUAUAUAAGAUUUCUUCCUUUUUUUAAAUGUCUUGGGUACUUCUGUAUACACCUUUUUUUUUGUUUUUUUUCACUUCAAAUUUUGUGUCCACCUGAUUUCUUUCAAGCCCUUGAAUUUCAGUUUUGAAAUUAGGAUAGCACUUUAUUUUAUAGUAACUACAGUAUUUAAUGAGUAGAUAUGUAAUAAUUAAAAGUGAUGUCUUGUACGUACUUUACAUGUUGAAUAAAGUUGGAAAAUA